ACCUUCCUCCCCCUAUCUAUUUAGUGGGGAUAGACACAAGUGAGCUUUAUUUUCCCCCUUUUUUCUUUUAGGUGGGGUUUCAAAUUGCAUAAUAUAUCUAAUAUAUGUCUUAUUAGUUACAUAACUUACUAGCAAACAUGAAGAACAUGGAUUGGUAUUCUUGGUUAUCCAAGACUAGCCUUAAUCAAGAACUUAUCUAUGAGUAUGGUCUUGUUUUUAGUAGAAAUGAGCUUCAAAAGGAGGACUUGAUUUACUUCAAUCAUGAGUUCCUUCAAAGUAUGGGGAUAAUUGUAGCCAAACAUAGGUUAGAGAUUCUCAAAUUGGCUCGAAAGGAAGGCGGAGGCGGAAUCGGAGGAGGAGGAACAAGUUCAUCAUCAAAUGGUCUUUCAAGACUUGUUUUGGCAAUAAACAAAACCAAGAAGCUACUUGCCAAGAACUUGAGCAAGCUCAGUAUCCACCGAGUUUCAACUCGUCUAGCUCUCUCCGAGCUCAAACCUUAUCGAACACAAUGGACCGGAGCACUAAGGAAGCUCGAGAGCUCGAAGGAAGAGAAAGCCAUAGUCACAACAAGAAGCAUGAUAAUGAACUCAGGACCACUAGACAGAAGAAUGCAAGACAAAUUUAUGGCCACCAACAGAAAUCUGAGUGCCUCAGGCCCUCUAGAUGGGAGAGUACUUCAAGAAAAGUUGAUGUACCCUAAUAGAAGUCCAAUGAAGUCUGGUCCAUUGGACAGAAGAUACAAAGACAGUGCUGUUUAUCCAAGCAGAAUCAAUAAAUCUGGACCAUUGGAUGCAAUGGGCUAUAAUAGCCCAAGACUUAAUCACUAUAAUCAAGAAAUGAUACCUGAUGAUGGAGUUAUCUACUCACAGUGGUCUUUAAUGUUUCAAGAUAUGAAGCCCACUUGACAACUCAUAUGAAGCUUUCAUCUUGUAAGACUUGCUGCAAAUUAAAGAAUCCUACCUCCACAAUCACCUAGUUUAGUAAAGAGUGCAUUUUAAAGGUAUAUGGCACACAAGCAUGGGGUUUGCUGUCUCAACAAAUCCUUGUUCUGUUGUAACCUUUUUCUCUGCAUUUGUGUACUUGAAAGUCUUGAACUUUAAUAUCAAAUAUGUAUGAUGGUUGGUUCAUAUUGAACAGAAAAAUGAAUUUUUAAGAUCUAGUA